AUGUCUGCUCCUCAAGUCGUCCAGAGCAUUUCCAGCGGCCCUGCUGGUGGCUAUGUCAGAACCCAGCUUGCCACUCUGAGGAACAGAUUCCUCAAUACUGAGAAGAGAAAGCAGCGUGCAGCACUCGUCUCAACCUCCUUCGCCGCCCACCGUCCCGUCUGGAUCUCGGCAGGAGGCGCAGCGUACACGACUGCAGUUGCAGUGUUCUUAACGAUGAAAUUCAUGCGUCGGAUACCAGUUUAA